GAGGGGGAAGGAGGCUGGAGGCUGACGGCCGGCGCCUGCCCUCAUUGCCGGCGUCCUCCAUCUGGGCACCAUGUUCCUUGCGGGGUCCGCCAGCCACACCCUCCGCCGGCUGCCCAUCCUGCGGUUGCUGCUGCUUCUACAGAUCUUGGAGAGGGGGCUGGGCCGUGCCAGCCCCUCCGGAGCCCCCUUGGAAGAUGUGGUCAUCGAUAGGUACCAUAUCCCCAGGGCCUGUCCCCGAGAAGUGCAGAUGGGGGAUUUUGUGCGUUACCACUACAAUGGCACUUUCGAAGAUGGGAAGAAGUUUGACUCCAGCUAUGACCGCACCACCCUGGCGGCCAUCAUUGUGGGUGUAGGCCGCCUCAUCACUGGCAUGGACAGAGGUCUCAUGGGCAUGUGUGUUAACGAGCGCCGUCGUCUCAUUGUGCCUCCCCACCUGGGCUACGGCAGCAUUGGUGUGGCGGGCCUCAUUCCCCCUGAUGCCACCCUCUAUUUUGACGUGGUCCUGCUGGAUGUGUGGAACAAGGCGGACACGGUGCAAACGACCAUCCUCCUGCGCCCUCCUUACUGCCCCCGCAUGGUGCAGAACAGUGACUUCGUGCGCUAUCACUACAACGGCACUCUGCUGGAUGGCACUGACUUUGACAACAGCUACAGUAGGGGAGGCACUUACGACACCUACAUCGGCUCUGGUUGGCUGAUUAAAGGCAUGGACCAAGGGCUGCUGGGCAUGUGUCCUGGAGAGAAAAGGAAGAUUGUCAUUCCUCCCUUCCUGGCUUAUGGGGAGAAAGGCUAUGGGACUGUGAUACCCCCGCAGGCCUCCCUGGUCUUCUAUGUCCUGCUGAUUGAUGUCCACAACCCGAAGGACACAGUUCAGCUGGAGACACUGGAGCUGCCCCGGGACUGUGUCCGGCGAGCCGUGGCAGGGGACUUCAUGCGUUACCACUACAAUGGUUCUUUAAUGGAUGGUACCCUCUUUGAUUCCAGCUAUUCCCGCAACCACACCUACAAUACCUAUGUUGGGCAGGGUUACAUCAUCCCUGGGAUGGACCAGGGGCUGCAGGGCGCAUGCAUAGGGGAACGAAGGAGGAUUACUGUGCCCCCUCACCUUGCCUACGGGGAGAAUGGGACAGGAGACAAGAUCCCGGGCUCAGCCGUGCUCAUCUUUGACGUGCAUGUCAUCGACUUCCACAACCCUUCAGACCCUGUGGAAAUCAAGACACUGUUCCGGCCACCUGAGAACUGCAACGAGACAUCCAAGAUUGGGGACUUCAUUCGUUACCAUUACAACUGCUCUCUGCUGGAUGGCACCAGGCUGUUCUCUUCCCACGACUAUGAGGCCCCUCAACAGGCCACCCUUGGCGCCAACAAAGUGAUCGAAGGUCUGGACAGGGGCCUGCAGGGCAUGUGUGUGGGAGAGAGGCGGCAGCUCAUUGUGCCCCCACACCUGGCCCAUGGGGAGAGUGGAGCCCGGGGUGUUCCUGGCAGUGCUGUCCUGUUAUUUGAGGUGGAGCUGGUAUCCCGAGAGGAUGGCCUGCCCACAGGCUACCUGUUUGUGUGGCACCAGGAUCCUGCAGCCAGCCUGUUUGAAGACAUGGAUCUCAAUAAAGAUGGAGAGGUGCCCCCAGAAGAGUUCUCCUCCUUCAUCAAGGCUCAAGUGAAUGAGGGCAAAGGACGCCUCAUGCCUGGGCAAGACCCUGACAAAACCAUAGGAGACAUGUUUCAGAACCAGGAUCGAAACCAGGAUGGCAAGAUCACAGCCGAGGAACUCAAGCUGAAGUCAGACGAGGACCGGGAGCAGAUCCAUGAGGAGCUCUGAGGGCCAGAGUCUCAGGUCUGACCUCAGACGCAAAGGCACUCGGCCAGGGGACAGUGGCAGGGGAACUGGCUGACAACAGCACCCCUCCCUCAGUGGGGAUAACUGUGGGAGUCACUGGAUGUCAUCAGAGACUGCGGUGACCUUCUCACUGGCCGUGGUUUCCAGUCCACAACACAGACCUCUGCAUUUUUCUCUUCCCAGCCCUACACCUCUUCCUUAAGGUUCUUGACGUAAUAAAUCCAAUCUGGGGAGGGGCACUGGUGUUUGGUUCGGGUCGUUGCUGACCCCACACAUCUAUACCUCCCACCCACACACUAGACUCAGCAAGGGUGAGCUCCCCGGUCCUUCACUUUCCCAAAUGUGCCCUUUAUUUGUCCAUGUCUGUCCCCAUUCCCUCUGUCUUGGCAGCUCCCCAGGGGCAUGAGUGAGGAAUUCCCCCGCAUUCUACACCAUCUCUGCCCGCUCCUCAGGAACACAGUCCUGCCAGCCACCCUUCUCAUGCAGCCUCCUCCCUGACCACCGGGGUCAGGUUUUUGUCUUUUGGGAAAGGAAAGGGUGUGUGAGAGGACACCUGCCCAGGCUUCAGGGCUGUGCAAACCUGCACUUGGUGCUAAUUUGAUGGGAGGGAGGGAGGCAGAGUUCUGGGCUCUCAAAGGCUAAACUGAUCCAAUCCUUUCUCCUUUGUGACAAUAAAAGGUUAAACCGAA